GUGCGCAUGCGCUACCUGCACUGUCAACAGAGAUGGCGCUGCUUGAAGGAGCCCUGCGUUUAAACCUGUUAGCUAACAGCCGGAAUUUCUACAAAUUCACGUCUUUUGUCGGUGUCCGGUCGUUGUCCGAAAAUGUGUCAUCUAAAUCAGUCACGUCCAGUUCCCCAGAGGUCGCGGGCGACCAUGUAAUCUACACACAAGAGCACUUUGCAUUAAAGGAGUCCCUCAAAAAGCUUAUCGACCAGGAGAUCAACCCUCAUGUGGAGCAGUGGGAAGCAGAAGGGAAAUUUCCAGCCCACAAAGUCUUCAAGAUCUUAGGAAGUGCCGGCUUUCUAGGAGUCAACCGACCAACUGAGUAUGGAGGCUUGGGACUUGACUACAGCUACAGUGUGGCAGUGGCAGAGGAGCUGGGUAACAUCCGCUGUGGAGGCAUCCCCAUGGCCAUCGGCGUACAGACUGACAUGGCGACUCCCGCACUGGCCAGGUUCGGCACAGCUGAGCUCAAGAAAGAGUUCCUCCUUCCGUCCAUUAUGGGUGACAAAGUGGCCUGCCUUGGAGUUAGUGAAGUUGGAGCUGGCUCUGAUGUCUCAAGUAUCAAGACCAAGGCUGUGAGGAAAGGGGAUGAAUAUGUGAUAAAUGGUGGAAAGAUGUGGACUACCAACGGUACCCAGGCUGAUUGGAUGUGUCUCCUUGCCAACACCAGUGACGGGCCUCCUCACAGGAACAAAUCUCUCAUCUGUUUGCCCAUGAACCUGCCAGGAGUACACAUUGCCCGCAAGAUUAGCAAAAUAGGCAUGUGGUCAUCGGACACAGCUGAAGUGUUUUUCGAUGACGUCCAUGUUCCCUGUAAGAACAUCAUUGGCCAGGAAGGCAUGGGCUUCACCUAUCAGAUGCUUCAGUUCCAGGAAGAGCGGCUCUGGGCAGUGGCCAAUGCUUUGACCUCAAUGGACACCAUCAUUCAGGAAACCAUCCAGUACACUCGGCAGAGGAAGAUCUUCAAGCAGCCUGUCCUUUACCACCAGGCAGUUCACUUCAGGUUGGCUGAGCUGCAGACCGAGGUCGAGCUGCUCCGCUCCCUCCUCUACCAAGCCACAGCAUUGUAUGUUAAAGGCAACGAUGUCACCAAACUGGCAUCUAUGGCCAAACUGAAGACGGGGCGCCUGGCCAGAGAACUCAGUGACGGCUGUCUCCAGUACUGGGGAGGGAUGGGCUUCACUAGUGAUGUGCUGGUCAGCAGAUUUUACAGGGAUUUCAGGUUGAUUUCAAUUGGUGGAGGAGCUGAUGAAGUAAUGCUGGGGAUCAUCUGCAAGUACAUGGACAUGCUUCCCAGGAAGUAAUACACUUGUUUGAGAUCAUGUGUGCCUCGACUGGAAAAUGAAUGAGAGCAGGAGGCUGCAGCAUUGAGCGGAGUUGAAAGUAGGCAGGUAGGACAGACAAUCUCCAGCAGCCAUCAGUCUUUACAGAGACUUACAGUAACACACUAAUUUAUCAUGAUUUAAUGAAGUGUUAUCAGACACACAUCAGUUCGUAUAUAAAUCAGGUGAUGAGGCUUGUUCAUCUCAAAUUAUAUAAAUAAAUUGACGCUUAUAGAUUUUGUACUGCCAAGUACAGGAGAAAAAAAAUGCAGCUCUGACUGUUGGUGUCAGAUAUUUAGGCUGAAACAUCGGAAGAUGUAAUUUUUAAAUCCUUCCAUCCUCAACAGAAAUUUUAGUGUUGCUAAAUCCUUUAAGAAUUAAAUCAGGUUGACUACAAUUGUGACAUAUAAGCAGUUUAUGAUCUGUUAUAUGAAUGUGUUCAGUCUCUUCAACCAUGUUUUGUGUUGUCCAGAUUAACCUUUGAAAUCAGAUGACAAAAGUCUAAAUCUCUAAUUCAACUAAAGUGAAAAGAAGCUGUGCAGUCGCUGGAGAGCAUCAGCUGCUGCGUUGAUCUCACAACGUUAAUGUUGCUGUGUCUCAUGAAAUCAGAUCAAUUUGGACAGCAGUGAUUAGUUUUGCAAAGGUCUGCCUCAUCUUCAGCAAACACAAUGUCAUCAAUUUUAACUCCAGGCACUUAAGUGCAGUUCUUUUUAAAUGUUUUGUUCUCUUCAGCAAAGCAGGAUGUUUUGCAUUUUGCCUUUGAUUGUUUUAACAUUAUUGUAUAAGCUCAAGCAGACAGAAUGAAGGUUUUUUCCCCCCUUUUCCUGUCUUUACAAUUAUGAAUAACCAUUGCACAAUUUUGGUGUAAUAUACCUUAAUGAGUUCAUUUAAAUAGCAAUCAUCCUUUAAAGACUUGCCAUAUUUUUUCAGAAUAAAUCAAAAAUAAUGUAUAAAAAUGUUUGUUGUGUACAAUAAAUAUUCAGCAGAGAUUCUCCCA